AUGGAGUACUCUCACUAUUACAAUUCAAGCCGCUUGACUACUGAGACAGAGACUGCUGCAGCAACUUGCAUGCAGAAUCUCUCCAAGUGGAUGCCCGCCGUCAAUGAAAUUCGCACCUGGCCAGAGUACACUACACAACCCCUACGCACUCUCCCCAACCUCGCACAUAAACUCGGAGUCCAAGAAAUAUUCGUCAAAGACGAGAGCAGACGCUUUGGAACGGAACUUGGCUCUUUCAAGGCUCUUGGUGCGCCCUACUCUGUCUACAAGAUUUUAGCGGAGGAGGUGCACGCAAAGAAGGGUGUUUGGCCGACAUCAGCCGAGCUCCGCACUGAUAAAUAUCACGACAUUACGCAGAAUAUCACUGUCUGCGUCGCAACAGACGGCAACCAAGGCCGUGGUCUAGCAUACGGCGCCAAGAUAUUCGGAUGUCGCUGUGUCGACUACAUUCACAACCAUGUCAGUGAAGGUCGUGCCAAGCGCAUGAUGGACUUGGGUGCGAUUGUUAUUCGCAUUGACGGUGAAUACGAAGCUUCGGUUGGCCGGGCAAAGGAAGAUGCUCGCAUGAACGGCUGGUACUUCGUCAGCAGCACUUCCUGGUCCGACUUUGAUAAUGACGUCCCCCAGCACGUCAUGAACGCCUACAUGGUCGUCCUCGAGGAGGCGGUCGCCUUGACCCCCCAACUUGAUCACAUCAGCCAUGUCUUCGUCUGCGGUGGUGUCGGAAGUAUCGCCGCUGCUAUCUUCCAGGGCUUCUACACUCAUCUCAGUCGGGACCAAACAACGCCUGCUCAUAUGCCACGCUUUAUCCUUGUUGAACCUUCCGAAGCAGACUGUCUUUUGCAGAGCGCGAAGAGCGGUCAAAUGCGUCAAUCCAAUGGUACGCUGCGUACAUUGAUGGCUGGUCUGGCUUGCCGUGCGCCUUCUCCAGCCGCAUGGAAGAUCCUCACUUGGUUAACCAGUGAUUUUAUUGCUGUUCCCGAUUCAGUUACAGUGGAUGGUAUGAAAGCACUGGCAAAUGGAAAUGAGGGUGAUAUCCCUGUGGUUGUUGGAGAGUCGUCGGCUGCUAGCUUGGGAGUUAUGCUGGGAUCUGGUGCCGAUCCAAUCCUUCGCCAUAAACUAGGAUUGGAUGAAAACAGCCAGGUCGUUAUCUUUGGAUUAGAAGGUGCAACCGAUCCACAGAUAUACGAGUCUCUGGUAGGAAAAUCACCUGCGGCUGUAUUCGAGGCUCAAGAUCGCUUCAUCGCCCAGAUUCCAGUGUGA